AUGACGCGUAGAAGUAAACGGAAACGCGACAGCCAGAAACCUGAUGCGGACCAAGAUGCCCCGGAGAAUAACUCUUCCUUAGUGACUAGGAAGCUCCUCGAGCACUGUUUCCCACGUGUCCAGACGCUGAGGCAGCAUCUUCUAGCCCAGUUACCAAGUGCCUCAAGAUUGCGGAGGAAGAAAAUCACAGCCCUCACAGCCCGUGAUGCAUCAAGCGAACUAGAGGGCCGUGUAGCGGCUCUGCUUGACACAGCCCUUGUAUGCAGUCGAUUACCACAAGCACAGAAAUCUGAGACUAGUGAUGUUCGCUGGGAGCAAUGGAAGAGCUUCUCCCAGAAAGGGGAUGAGUCCUAUGUAUCCAUCUCUGAUACUCGUAGUGCGAAGCAGAGCCAAACUGAGAUUCUCGAGUUUGUCGUCUGGCUGCUUUUUAAUAGAGAGAAGACCACAAACACGCAGCCAUGCCAUGUCUUAUGUAACGGGUUUGACGCAAAGCCGGGAAAUGGGGAUAAGGGAACAACCUCAAUUCCUAGUGUCUAUUGCCGAUUCCCAAGUUCAAGCUUCGAAGUCCUUAAGGAAGCGCCUUGGCCCCAAGUUCUUGCCCUUCUGGGCCAGUCCGGUGAACGACUCAUGAUAGAUCUGCUGCUUGAUCACACCCUCUUUGUCGCUGUUGAUGCUGGCCAUGGGAACUUUUAUCAGUUGAGUGGCGUUCCACUCUUCAUGUCCUCUCUCCCUGUCGAUAGCCUGACUGCAACUGUUGCGGAUGCCAAACCAUUCUGUCGUAAACCGGGAGAGAUAACUCUCAUGAGAAACAAAACGAUGUAUGCGAAACCCUCACUGACUGCCGCGGGCACGGUCCAAGCAGGAUUUAGACAUAUACAUGUUCUGAACCGCUGCCCAUACGUUAAACCAGAGGGUGACGAGCCAUCACCGGACGAGAGAGAGCAGAACGAAGCCAACACGGCCAAGGUUAUGAUGUACAUGUUUCCCCGCCAGUUCGGAUUGCACAAUGCGUUCACGUCUGAAGUGGACAAGACUCGUACUACGAUGAAGUUUCAGGACUAUACAUACAGGGAAGAUGAGAUCAACGAAGUCAAUGCCUUGCGCUCCAAUUCAUCCGAGAAGACCAAGCCAACAAGGUUGCCCAAGCGGUUGAAGGGGACUACCAGAGAUUUGGUUUUGAAUCUCCAGGUUCGACACAGCCGCUGUGCUUACUUUGAGCUUCUGCGUUACUAUUGUCCUUCAGCUUGGGACACGCACCGCCCAGCUCAAAAUCUCGCGACUCAAGCCUCGUCCAGGGCUCCCAAACAACAGGGGGACGGCCCGAAUAUUGAUGGUGUCGCAACUCAAGGCACAUCACGACCAAAGCGAGUCGGACACAAGACACAUUCGCAGCCAUCCCACUCCGACAUGCCCUCAUACAACACCCUCGUAGAGCUCGCUUGUCCCAUUGGCAAUGUCUCAGCAUACUGCCAAGCCGUGCUAGCGAAAAUCGUCCCGGACAGGUUUUGGGGGGAGGGUGACACAAUGGUGCAUAACAAGAGGAUGUUUCGAUCAAAAGUGGACCAUUUCAUUAGACUGAGGCGAUUCGAGGUCAUGUCACUGCAUGAGGUCGUGCAGGACCUGAAGGCGAACAUCCCCUGGCUGCGCCCACCCGACCUCGCUGGCCAGAAGACCAGCCAGACGGAUAUUUCGAAGCGAUACGAGCUAUUCCACGAGUUUCUCUACUAUGUUUUUGACUCGCUUCUCAUCCCCCUUGUCAGGAACAACUUUUACGUGACGGAGUCGAACAUCCAUCGGAAUCGGCUCUUCUACUUUCGCCAUGACGUUUGGAAGCGUAUCACAGAGCCCGCCAUGGCGAAGCUGAAGGAAAAUAUGCUCGAACCUCUCAAAUUGGUUGACGCCACACGGAUACUGGACUCCCGACGGCUGGGAUUCAGCCAGCUCCGAUUGUUGCCAAAGACGCUAGACCUGAGACCCAUCAUGAAUCUGGGUAAAAAGAUGCCAGGAAGAGGCCGAUCCAAGACGUUUGGGGCGAGCAUAAACUGGGAGCUAAAACCGAUCCACCACAUGCUCAACGCAGAAAAAGCCAUGAACGCGUCCAAGCUGGGAUCAUCAAUGCUCUCUACUGGCGAGAUCUACAGUCGCCUGAAAGAAUUCAAGCUGGCGCUUGGAAGUGCGGCAAGCUCCCAGCGCUUUUACUUUGCCAAGAUUGAUGUCCAUGCCGCGUUUGACACAAUUCCCCAAGAAGCAGUGAUCAAAUUGAUGAAUUCGGUCCCCAGCAGGGGUCAUUACACCGUCGUUAAACAUGUUGAAAUGAUGCCGGAUCCUCGGACAGACUCGGCCCAAAGCAAGGAGACAAGCAAAUCGCUACGAACGUGGCACUUUUCUGCUCUGAAGGAGGGUGAACCCUUCUCACUGCCUGAGCGCCUAGAGAGAAGCAUCAGUGAGAAGAAGAUCAACACCGUGUUUGUCGAGGGGAAUCCUGCAAGAACGUACCACACAGCGGGGCUCCUCAAACUCCUCGAGGAGCACGUCUCGCAGAACAUUGUCAAGGUGGGCAAGAGAUUCUACCGCCAAAAGCGCGGGAUUCCUCAGGGGUCGGUUGUAUCUUCGUUUCUCUGCAAUUACUUUUAUGCGGAUCUCGAAGCGCAGCACCUUCGCUUCCUGAACGGCCCGGACAGCAUCUUGCUACGAUUCAUGGACGAUUUCCUCUUUAUCACGCAGGAUAAGCAAAAGGCAGUCCAGUUUGUCGAGACGAUGCACCGAGGUGUGCCAGAGUACGGUGUUGAAGUGAACACCAAGAAGACGUUGCUGAAUUUCAAUAUGAAAUCCCAAGACGAGCCACUCGCAACAAUCUCUCACGAGGAGAAAUUCCCGUAUUGUGGGACUCUUAUUGAUUGCCAGACACUAGAGAUCAGUCGGAAUCACAACAAAGACCCCGAUAAUGGAAUCGCAAACUCCUUGACUGUCGAGUUUGGCCGGCUCCCCGGGCAAAACUUCGAGAAGAAGAUGCUCCAUGCCUUUAGAAUCCAGUCGAAACCCAUGUAUUAUGAUACUUCGCACAACUCAACGGCCACCGUUCUGGACUCCCUUUCUGGGGCUUUCUACGAGACCGCCCAGAAGAUGUCGGCGUACAUUCAUUGCCUGCCCAAGAGCAAGAGACCUAGCAAGCCCUUGAUCCUUCGCUCAAUCAUCAAGAUGGUCGAUGUUGCAUUUUCGCUCCUGACUGGAAAGUCGAGGAAGAUGCGACUCGAGGGAUACUCUUGCGAUUUGAGGAAGGGACAGGUGUUCCGGACUGGGUAUCGAGCAUUCAUCGAGGUGCUUAGCAAGAGGCAGACGGCCUAUGGAGAUGUCAUCAACUGGUUGAAAAAGGAGGUUGAGAGGAUCAACUCUACAGGGAGAAGUGGUGGCCCCAGUGCUAAGCUGGAAAAGAGUCUAUGUACUUGA